GCCGAGUCAAAGCGCGGAUCAGGUUCCCUGCCUGCAGUAUAAAAAGCUCGGCGAGAAGGCUCCGGCGGGAGAGGGAGUCGGGCGUGAGGCGGCGGCCGGGAGCCCGUCCGUGGGGGAGCGCAGGGACGCGCGGCCGCAGCAGCAGCAGCAGCAGAACCGGCCGCUGCUCACCGGGGACGCUCCAGGCUCGCCCCUUUCAGCUGCGGGAGAAGAGCUUUUUGCCUCCCGAAAAUGCAGCAGCAACAACAGCAACGUCGAAUGCUCACAGCUGCCCUCCUGGCACUCGUUUUCCUUCUGGCAGCCGUGAGUACCACUGAGGCUGGCAAGAAAGAGAAACCAGAGAAAAAGGCGAAGAAGUCUGACUGUGGGGAAUGGCAGUGGAGUGUCUGCGUGCCCACCAGCGGUGACUGCGGCCUGGGGACACGUGAGGGCACUCGCACUGGGGCUGAGUGCAAACAAACCACCAAGACUCAGAAGUGUAAGAUUCCCUGCAACUGGAAGAAGCAAUUUGGAGCGGAGUGCAAAUACCAGUUCCAGGCCUGGGGAGAAUGUGACUUGAACACGGCCUUGAAGACUCGGACCGGGAACCUAAAGAGAGCCCUUCAUAAUGCUGACUGCCAGAAGACUGUCACAAUCUCAAAGCCCUGUGGGAAGCUUACCAAACCCAAACCUCAAGAAUCCAAGAAGAAGAAAAAGGAAGGCAAGAAACAAGAGAAGAUGCUGGAUUAAUGGAAUCACCUCGAGCAGCGUGAGAAAGGGACAUCAGCAAACAUGAUCAGUUAACAGUUUCAUUUAUACCUAGGCAUUUUAUCCUAAAAUUAUUUAUAGCUUAAUGGUACCAUAGAAGGAAAAAAAGCAAAC